AUGACUAAAACUCGACGACAUAUUCCUCUCCUGCUAUUGCUGUUGCUUCAUCUACUAGCGUUCGUAAGCAAUGCUCAAAUGUUUGGAUUUGACUUUGGUGGGGGUCACGAUGAGCAUCACGACCACGUGCAUGAGCAUGACCACGUCGAUUUUUACGAGACACUGGGACUCAGUAUGGAAGCAACUGAUACCGAGAUAAAAAAGGCUUACCGUAAAUUGAGCCUUAAGUAUCACCCGGACAAGAACAAAGGCGACGAGAAUGCAGAGAGUCGUUUCCACGAGAUCUCGCGUGCUUACGAAGUGCUCUCUGAUCCUCAGAAGCGCCAGGUGUUUGACCUGGAAGGCUUUGAAGGUCUUGAGCGUGAGGAACAGUCGUCGGGACGUCCCUCUAGCCCUUUUGAUGCCUUCUUUGGAGGAGGUGGUAAGCAACGUGGUCCUGAUGCAGGGGUGGACGUAUCGGUGACACUAGAAGAACUUUACAAUGGAGCUGAGAAGAAGGCGCAGUUUGCACGAAAUGUCAUUUGUCGCAAAUGCCGUGGCACGGGUGCAAAAGGUGGCAAGACCAUGACGUGUAAGAAAUGUGGUGGUACGGGCCACAUCCUUGUGAAUCAGAAAAUGGGUCCUGGUUUCACUGUGCAGAUGCAGCAGCCGUGUCCCAAGUGCAGUGGACGGGGUAAGACGUUUAAAAAAGCCUGUCCUGUUUGUCAAGGCCACAAGGUUGUAAAAGAGAACAAGGUGCUUACUGCUGCGAUCGAGCGAGGCAUGCCAUCUGCACAUGAAAUUGUUUUUGAGCGUGAGAGUGAGCAGCGACCAGGAAUGAUGCCGGGCAAUGUCAUUUUUCGUUUACAGCAGGUGCCACACAAACGUUUCCGUCGAGCAGGUGAUGAUCUUCACUAUAAUUUGAUGAUCUCGCUGGAAGAGGCGCUAUUGGGGUACAAGAAGCCCAUGAAGCAUUUGGAUGAUCGCACAGUGGUGCUCUCUAACUCGCACGUAACGACACCCUUUGAAGUCCGCAUUGUGGAGGGCGAGGGAAUGCCCGUGCACAACUACCCGUCCCAGCUCGGCAACUUACAUGUGCACCAUGAGAUACGCUUUCCGACGAAGCUCUCGGUUGAGCAGAAAGAGCUCGUGAAGAAGCUGCUGCCUGAAGAUUCGGCAACGGCUAAGCAGUUGAUUGAGACGGACAGAACGCAGUGGCAGCUUUACUCUGACGCUGACGGUGCAACCCCGAUGAAUGAGGCCACCUACAGAGUGUUGAAAAAAGUAGCUGGAGUUGACAUUAGCUUUCUAAAGGGCUCGGACGAGCACGCGUGCGCCUCGAUCGUGGUACUGGACUACCCGUCACAAACUGUGCUGUAUGAGGCCUUUACCUACGUAUCGCUGCCAGCGCCGUACAUUACCGGGUUCUUGGCCUUUCGAGAGGUACCAGCUUUGAGAAAGUUGUAUAGUGAUCUUUGUCACCGCUGCCCAGAUCUCGUGCCUGACGUAACGCUAGUGGAUGGCAACGGAGUCUUGCAUCCACAGGGCUUUGGUCUAGCCUCUCACUUUGGUGUGCUUGAGAAUGUCCCCACAAUCGGUGUCGGUAAGACCUUCCUCCACGUUGAUGGACUCACGAAAACCGACGUGAAAAACCUGAUGGCCAAAGCUAGAGAAGAGAACCACGACGUGGUCAAGCUCACAGGAAGGUCUGGAAAGGUUUGGGGUGCUGCGCUGUGUGGCACAGCUGGCGUCAAGAAUCCCGUUUACGUGUCGGUGGGAAACAUGCUGUCUCUAGAUACGAGCCUGGCAAUAGCUCAAGCCUGCUCCCAAUACCGCAUUCCCGAACCGAUCCGCCAAGCCGACCUCCGCUCUCGAGAGGUGGUUCGACAGUGGGAAAGCGCAGGAGCCGUCAACACCACCCUAGACCUUUUUCAUGUGCAUCCGCUUCCAGCACAUUGUUUCUAA